AUGGAUAUUCGAUUUGGAAUAGGAAGCUUUUAUUCACAAGUUUCAAGGUAUACUUCAAGAAACCAGAGGGCAUUCAAACCGUGCGGCUCAAAAAGAGACUCUCCGCCACCGCCGCCCGAGCAAAACGGAGACAAAGGUGAUAAAUACUCAACAGAUUGGGAUAAAGCUUGGUCAAGCUUCAAGAAACAAGGAAGAAAGACUUUUUUCUCCCAAUUCUCGCCCAACAAGUACGUCAGCUGGAAUCCUAGGCGUUCCGAGUUCCCACUUUCUGAGGAAGUUGAUCCCAUUAAAAGAACAGAGAGGUCAAAUCUUACAUUAUGGACUAGUCCAAGUUUUACUCUAGCUGGAGCUAUUGUUAUAGUUACUUUCCUUAUAAUUUACACGAUUCUUGCACCAGUGAAGUAA